GCGGGCGGGAGGGGGCGGUGGGGGGGGCGGUGUCCCGGCGGGGUUCACUGCGCCUGCGCCCGGAGUUGCAAGAUGGCGGACAGUGCGGAACUAAAGCAAAUGGUUAUGAGCCUUAGAGUUUCUGAGCUGCAAGUACUUCUGGGCUACGCAGGGAGGAACAAGCACGGACGAAAACACGAACUUCUCACGAAAGCACUGCAUUUGUUAAAGGCUGGCUGCAGUCCUGCUGUACAAAUGAAAAUCAAAGAACUCUAUAGGCGAAGGUUCCCCCAGAAAAUCAUGACACCUGCAGACUUAUCCCUCUCCAGCGUACACUCAAGCUCCAUGCCAGCAACUUUGUCUCCAUCUACCAUUCCACAGCUCAGUUACGAUGGCCACCCCGCCACGUCACCAUUGCUCCCCGUUUCGCUUCUGGGACCUAAACAUGAACUGGAACUCCCCCACCUCACAUCUGCGCUCCACCCUGUCCAUCCCGACAUCAAACUUCAGAAGUUACCUUUUUACGACUUGUUGGAUGAGCUGAUAAAACCUACCAGCUUAGCAUCAGAUAACAGUCAGCGAUUUCGAGAAACCUGCUUUGCGUUCGCACUGACGCCACAGCAAGUGCAGCAAAUCAGCAGUUCAAUGGAUAUUUCUGGGACCAAAUGCGACUUCACAGUACAGGUCCAGCUAAGGUUUUGUUUAUCAGAAACCAGUUGUCCACAAGAAGAUCAUUUCCCACCCAAUCUGUGUGUGAAAGUAAAUGGGAAACCAUGCAGCCUUCCAGGCUAUCUUCCACCAACCAAAAAUGGUGUUGAACCAAAGCGACCUAGCAGACCAAUCAACAUUACCUCACUCGUCAGAUUGUCUACGACGGUACCAAACACAAUCGUUGUUUCGUGGACUGCAGAAAUUGGAAGAAACUAUUCCAUGGCAGUCUAUCUCGUAAAGCAGCUGUCCUCUACGGUGCUACUGCAGAGGUUACGAGCAAAAGGAAUACGGAACCCCGAUCACUCGAGAGCAUUAAUCAAAGAGAAACUGACUGCAGAUCCAGACAGUGAAAUAGCAACGACAAGCUUAAGAGUUUCUCUUCUUUGUCCGCUUGGUAAAAUGCGGCUAACUAUACCGUGCAGAGCUCUGACCUGCUCACACCUGCAGUGUUUUGAUGCCACUUUGUACAUCCAGAUGAAUGAAAAGAAACCAACUUGGGUUUGCCCUGUCUGUGACAAGAAGGCACCCUAUGAACAUCUCAUUAUUGAUGGGUUGUUCAUGGAAAUCCUGAAGUAUUGUACAGACUGUGAUGAAAUUCAGUUUAAGGAGGAUGGCUCAUGGGCUCCUAUGAGAUCGAAGAAGGAGGUGCAGGAAGUAACCACAUCUUACAAUGGAGUUGAUGGAUGCAUAAGCUCUUCCUUAGAACAUCAGGUGUCUUCUCACCAGCAAUCAAACAAAAAUAAGAAGGUAGAAGUGAUUGAUUUGACCAUUGAUAGCUCGUCAGAUGAAGAGGAGGAGGAACCCUCUGCGAAGAGAAGCUGUCCUUCCAUAUCUCCAGCAUCACCAAUGAAUAAUAAGGGUAUUUUGAAUUUACCCCAUCAAGCAUCUCCUGUGUCAAGAACACCAAGCCUUCCUGCUGUUGACACCAGUUACAUCAACACAUCACUUAUCCAAGACUACAGGCAUCCAUUCCAUAUGACACCUAUGCCUUAUGACUUGCAAGGUUUAGAUUUCUUCCCUUUCCUGUCAGGAGACAAUCAGCCUGCGAGAGAAUCAUGGUCAUCCAGUUGCAAGUAGGAGCGGCGCGGACACGGCGUCUAUCUUUGGUAUCAUAUCAGACAUUAUUUCCUUGGACUGAUUUUUGGAGAAAACGAACUUGUCAGAGGAAGUCUUUGUGCUUGGUUUUACUUUAUGUUAGAAACAUAGACAGGUUUUUUUCCUUUUUUAGGGAAAAAAAUUUACAUGUACAGAGAACAAAACUAUAUUUUCAGUUUUACUUUUGUAUAUAAACCUAAGAUGGCCUCACUGAUAAAAAAUAACAAAAAAAAAAAAACAACACAAAGCAAAACACACACACAAAAAACCCACAAAAACAAGGAACUUCGAUUUUCUGGAUGCUGAAGAUUCUACACCUGUGCAUUUGUCAUGUGAGUUACUUUUUUUGCCCUUAGUUUGGACACAAAUGGCAUUAUUUUCUUCACAGUAACAUAAAUGGGAAAAGGAACUGAACUUCUGAAGUUCUAAGCUUCUAGGUUUUUUCUUUUUUUUUCUUUUUUUUUUUUUUUGUCCUCUUAGAGACAUCUAUAUUUGGUGGUGGAAUGAAAUUCCCCCAUCCCAUUUUGGUGCAGAUUUUGUUGUGCUUGAAGUGGAAUAAGCCCUACCCAGCCUGUUCCGUACCGUUCCCUCAGUUUGCAGUACAUAGCCUUUCAGGAGUGUUUAUUUGUCAUUUUGUGUUCUAUGUGACCCUCUGUUCAGCUGACUUUUAAUUCCAUGCUUUAAUCAAGCAUGUUGCAAGCUCGUUAGUGCACCAAUUAUUCUGGAGGGCCAGACUCAAUAAAAUGUCAGGCUGAGAAAUUUUUUGGCUGUGUUAUGUGGGACAAGACCAAAUUUGUAUAGAAUCUAGCCCCAGAGAAAAGCAGUGACACAUCUGACUGUAGGUUUUUGUUUCUAACAGCUUACUAUGAAAUCCUUUUAAAAUAACUUAAGAUCCUAAUCACAGUAUUAAGCAUGUGUCAGUUUGAAAUGUGUGGAGCUGCUUGUGCUUUAAGAUCAGCCACGCGUGCAGAACUGGCCCACUGGGUUGGGCCUGUCUUCUGGCUGGGAAAACCUCCUUUCAGCUGCAGUAGAUGAAAUUUCUGCUUAAAAGUGAACCUGUCAGCAAAAGGAAGAAAAUACAAAAUGCCAACGCUCUAUUGCAUGGUUUGUGCAGCUGAUAGUGGUCUUGGUACACUGUCUUCUGAGUUCACCUUCACCAAGUUAAGUUGAUAGUAAAUGUUUAAUGUGAGUCUGUUAAACCAAAAAAAAGCCCAGCGCCCUUCCCUGCACUUAAAUGAAUCUCUGCCUAUUGAAGUCUCUUAGGGUUACGGGGUUCCUAUUCAGUUUUCUCUUUUUGGCUAGGCAAUUAUUUUGAGUCCCCAUUCCUUUCAGUUCACUGACCUUGCACUUGGAGCCAUGUUUGCUUCCUGGUUUCACUUCUUUUUUUCUUUUAUUUUUCAGCCAUGUGUGACGUAGGAAAAUCUUUUUGUAAGAACUGGUGGAUCAUUUGGGCUGAUCCGUUCUUGUUACAGAGAAACUUGUAAAUAGCUGGAAUGCAGUUUUUCAGGAGAUUCUUUAACGUGAGAGUAGGGGGAGGGAAGGAGGUGAUUCUCUUGUGUCCCAAAGUCCGCGUCAGAGAGAAAUGAUUUCCUCUGGUGUGAAAACUAUUUUUGUAACUGGUUGAAAGUGCAGGUAACAGGUUUAUCAGGAAAGAGAGUGAGGAAUACAGAGGUUAGCAGAUGCUUGUCUGAGUUUUUAAUGUCCCAAGCUGUUGAUUGCAGCUGUAGUUGCUUUGAGCAUUGACGAGGGCCACCUUUUGCCUAUGAAGUUGUCUCAAAAUAUUGCAUUAAUUAAAAAAGGAAAAAAAAAAAAAAGAAGAAAAAAAAAGAAAAAAGAAAAAAAAAAGAAAAACACGUUAAUCCAAGUAGCAUUAGGUAUUGCUGUAUGAUCAGUUGUAUGGUUCUUUGAAAGGUUCACAUGAUUAUGUGGCAUCAAAAUUGUUUUUAGUGUUUUUACAGCAUCCCUCUGCCACUAAAUAGUUGACUUGAAUUUUGAAAACAAACGUUUGUGUUUAUAUGUAUAUGUGUGUGUAUAUAUGUAUUUAUAGAUCUGUGUGUGUGAGUUAAAAGUGAGUUAAAUAGUUUUUCCCAUGCAUGUGUAUUUCAUACAUAUCUGGCUGAUAUAUAUAUAUAUAUUUCACCAUACACCAAUUUUAUAAUUUAUUAAAUGUCAAGUUAAAAAAAAAAUAAAAUAAAAGGAUAGAAAAUGGGAAAUACUUAUUUUUUAAACUCAGUCUGAUUUCGAAGUGAUUAAACCUACAUUAGGAAUAUGUCUCAUACAUUUUAGUCGUGAGUACUGCCCGGUACCGCAGAGCAGCCGCGUCCUGUCCGUACCUUUUGUAAAGCGGAGCACCCAGAGACGUUUGCAGAGCUCAGCGAGGCAAUGUUCCCACUGACUGAACAGUGUGCUGAAGAGGAGCUGAGGAGCAGCCCGCGUCCGUUUCCACCACGGUAUUAAAAUCUUUUUCAUUCACAUAUAAAAGCAGUUGUGGCGAGCGUGGUAAGACAGGAUCUGGCAUCUUGCUGCCCGCGCUUGGAGAGUGAGGCCGCCUGGUGAUGUCUUCCACUCCUCCUGCGUUGCCCUGAAGGGAAGGAAGGCUGCUCGGUUUGCUGCUGCCAUCUCCGACCUCGUUGCUCUGCAAAGAAGGGAGAGAAACGUUCCCGAAACUCUUUGCGGUGUGAAUCCCAUAUGCUUUGAGUAUUCAUGUUUCACGCUGGGGUGUGCUGUAUAGUCGAUAAUCUCUGUGCCUCUGACCACAGUUAACGUGACUUGGUAGAAGUCUCAGUCUGAGUUCUCAAAGUUCCCUGCAAAUGGAACUUCGAUCUCCCCCGUCAGGUUGCCGGUGAGAAGAGCUGCUGCAAAGUGCUGCGGUGCGUGCCUGCUGGUGUGGGGCAGCCGCGGUCCUGCGCUGGUGCUUCGUGACCCUGAGUUCCUGCAGGGGAGGGAUGGGGGUGGGUGCUCUGUGCGGGCUCAGGGUGAGCACACAGCGAGGGCUGGACGUGCCUUUGGGGCCUGGUGGGCAUCACUGCUGCGUUGUAAGGGAAGAAACCACCACGUUGAACUCCAGUCUGCACCAGAUUGCAUUGAGAGCGUGUUGGUGCUGUCACCAUCACAGGUGUGGUAGCAGCCCCAGGCCGACCCACUGCUCCCCUGCAGGGUGCCUGAAUGGAUGCAGGGCUGAUGGGCGGCCAUGGAGCGGUGCCCAUCCGCAGCGCUGUGGGGAGAGCAGUGGGAUGGGAAUCCCUCACUGCAGGUUCACAUUUCAGGGUUUUAAGCACAUUUUAAAUAUAUUCAGAAAGGGUUUUGUUUUGUCAGUGUAACUGUUUUGGUUUUUUUCCUUUCUUUUUUUAAACAGAGCUUAGAUUUCUAACAAGGGAAAAUUGCUGGUGGUCCCCCAAAGUGCUGCUGUUAAUUGUUUUAAUUAACAAAGGGAAAAAAAAAUGUAUAUAAGCAGAAUAUUAAAAUGACCAUUAACUCAGAUCUGUCAUUCAUUGCCUUAAAACUUUCUCGUAGUUUCCAUACGGCAUGCCAAACCAGUACAUGGCUUUUAAAGAUGUAUAGUAGACCAAUGUCAGUUUGUAUAAAAGUACCAAGUGAAAAUAUUUAUUAUAUGCAUUGGAAAAAAACAAAUGGUUUACCUAUUGAAUGUUACCUGUUUAUGUAGAACUCUUUAGAUGUAAUAAAAAGCAUUCGGCUA